CUCCGGGCGCUGCUGCUGGGCCUCUCCGCCCCGCCGCGGCUGCAGGCGGAGAAGCUGGGGGAUGGAUGUGGGCACAUGGUGGUGUAUCAAGACAGUGGCACUCUAGCAUCCAAGAACUAUCCUGAGACUUACCCCAACUAUACUGUUUGUGAAAAGAAAAUUCAGGUACCUCAGGGAAAACGACUUAUUUUAAAAAUCGGAGACUUGGAUAUUGAAUCCCAGAAAUGUGAAUCUAACUACCUUACCAUCAUCAGUUCCUCAGCAUUACAUGGACCAUACUGUGGCAAUAUGAUGCCUGUUCCUAAAGAAAUAAUCCUGGUUACUAAUGAAGCAACUAUUCGCUUUGAGAGUGGGUCCCAUGUAUCCGGACGGGGCUUUCUGUUAUCCUAUGCCAGUAGUGAUCAUCCAGAUCUAAUCACAUGUUUGGAGAGAGCAAACCAUCACAUGAAGAACGAUUUCAGCAAGUACUGUCCUGCUGGUUGCAAAGAGAUAGCAGGUGAUAUUUCUGGGAAUAUAGUGGAAGGAUACCGAGAUACCUCCUUAUUGUGCAAAUCCGCCGUGCAUGCAGGUGUCAUUGCAGAUGAGCUGGGUGGCCAGAUUAAUGUGAUUCAACAGAAAGGAAUAAGUCAAUAUGAAGGAAUUCUAGCUAAUGGCAUCCUUUCACAGAAUGGUUCACUUUCAGACAAGCGGUUUGUGUUUACCUCCAGUGGCUGCAGUAAAUCCUUGAGUCUGGAAGAUGGAUUCAUCCCCAACAGCCAUAUUACAGCAUCAUCCUCUUGGGAAGAGGCCAGUGAAAUUGGGGAAACUGUUCAGUGGUCUCCUGAUAAGGCCUGGCUUCAAGCCCAAGGGCUUUCAUGGGCUUCCAACCACAGCAGCCACCGGGAGUGGUUGGAAAUAGACUUGGGAGAGAAAAAGAGAAUAACUGGGAUUAGGACUGCAGGAUCCACCAUACUGAAGUUUAACUUUUAUGUAAAGACAUUUACUAUGAACUAUAAAAAUAACAACUCAAAAUGGAGAACAUACAAAGGAAUCAUAAGCAAUGAAGAAAAGGUAUUCCAAGGCAACUCUAAUUAUGGGGACGUAGUACGUAAUAAUUUUAUCCCUCCUAUAGUGGCCCGAUAUGUGCGGAUCAUUCCACAGAGCUGGCACCAAAGAAUAGCACUUAAGGUGGAGCUGAUUGGUUGUCGAAUAAUGCAAGCUAACAACUCAUUCACUCACUCAGUGUGGCAAAGACCAAGUCAAAGUACAGGUGUGGCAGUUGAAAAAGAAGACAGAACCAUCACAGAACCCAUCCCAUCAGAAGAAACUAGCUUAGGGUUAAAACUUACAGCUAUCGUUGUCCCAGUCCUAGUAGGGCUGUGUCUGUUCCUGCUAUCUGGGAUUUGUAUCUAUGCAGCCAUACGAAAGCGAGGGACAAAAGGAGAUGCUUAUGGCUCAUCUGCACAACACACAGGUUGUUGGAAACAUAUCAAGCAGCCCUUUGUCAGACAUCAGUCAACAGAAUUUACCAUCAGCUAUAAUAAUGAGAAGGAAACGCCGCAAAAGCUGGAUCUGGUCACAAGUGACAUGGCAGAUUAUCAGCAACCUCUCAUGAUUGGAACCGGGAUGAUGAUAAGAAAAGGAUCCACAUUCAGGCCAAUGGACACAGAGUCUGAGGAGAAGAAAGAUAGUUCAGAGAUUGAGAACCACUACCACUGCCCACACAGAGCUAACCAUCAUGAAUAUGCACUGCCGUUGACCAACCAAGAGCCUGAAUAUGCCACCCCUAUUAUAGAGAGACAUCUAGGAAGAGACAACACUUUUCCCUCAGAGAAUGACUACAAUGUACCUGUGAUUUCGUCAGCUCAUAAACAUUCCCUUUCUGCUGCCAGUUUCAGUAAUUCAUGUAGGACUCAUGUCAGGAAUGGAAACUAUCAAACGCCACAGAGUCUAACAAACUAUGAUAAACCUAAGGUUAAUGGUGUUUUGACCGCAGUGGGCUACAGUACUGACUAUCAGAAACCACAAACUAAUUCACUGGUGAAUGAGGGUUAUUCAACACCCAGAGACUGCCUAAAGCCAGUAAAUCAGACAGCAAUGACAGCACUCUUGUGACUUUCUGAGCUGAGAUAUUUGCUGCUGGAGUGAACAAUGUUACUGUAUAGCUACUGGAAUGAAUGUAUUAUAGUUAGGGCUCUACCAAAUUCAUGGCCAUGAAAAAUGCAUGUCAUACCAUGAAAUCUGUUCUUUUGUGUGUGUUUUAACCUAUGCAAUACAGAUUUCAAGGGGAAGACCAGCGUUUCUCACGUUGGCGGUUCUGACAAAAGGGUAUUUCAAGGGAGUCACGGGACUCUCUUAGGGGAUUGUAGUAUUGUCAUUCUUACUUCUGUGCUGCCUUCAGAAAUGGGCUGCCAGAGAGCAGUGCCUGUUGGCCAGACACUCAGUUCUGAAGGCAGCACCCUGCCUGCAGCAGUGCAGAAGGGAAGAGUGGUGAUAUUAUACCAUACCACCCUUACUUCUGCACUGCUGCCUUCAGAAAUGGGCAGCCAAAGAAUGGUGGCUGCAGACUGAGGGCCAAACUCUGCAGCCAGCAGUGCAGAAGUAAGGGUGGCAAUAACAUACCAGGCCAUCUGUCUUCAGAGCUGGGCUCCCAGCCAGCAGCCACUGCUUUCCUGCUGCACAGUUCUGAAGACAGUGUGGAUGCCAGCAGCAAUGCUGAAGUAAGGGUAGCAAUUCUAACCCCCCUCUCCCCAGCCCAUACACACACAUACAUGCUGAUAAACCCCUGCUCCUUUUUGGGUCAGGAACCUUACAGCUAUAACACUGACAUUUCAGAGUUAAAUUAUUACAUUUAUUUUUAAAAUCUUAUGGCUGUAAAUGGACCGUGAAUUUGAUAGAGCCCUACUUUAAAAGGAUUCUGCUCCAGCAGCUAGAAGACAAACUCAGUCUGAGCACAUGAUGUUUCAGUUCUGUUGUGUUCUGACACUUGAAGACCAGAGUACACUGAUUAAUCACUGACUGUAGCAAGAGAAGCAGAAGGAUCAGUGAAAACUCUUUCUGUCACUGAUUUGUUAUAUGUGCAAUUUGUACAUAGUUUCUAUUUAAGAAAAUAAUUGAGUUUUCUUUAGUCUGUUUUGUUUUAUGUAUUUAAAUGGUAGGAAAAACAGCUGUUGGAGAAGCUCCUGUACAAAAAAGUUUUAUGCUCAUACGAACUUUAUCUUUUGUAUUAGCAGUUUUAACCUGUAUUCUCCUAUAGCUAUGGUGGUUCACUUCUUUUUCCAUGAUUAUAGAAAUGCUUAUUUCCAACAGUUUUAUUCUUGGAAGAGUGGAAGAAAUAAAACUACGGUACUUGUGGGUGAUCAAUUUAGUGUGAUGCUCAAACAAAACUAAGCUACUUUUUUUCAGUAACAGUCUUUACAUGCUAGGAUUUAAUUUGAUAUUAAGAUGCAAGAUGAGUCUUUCCAUGCUACUGUUCAUGUUAAAGACAAGUAGAAAAGAUUUAAAACCAUCUUGGUUCAAGCAGUGUCUUUUAUUGUAGUGAACAUGAACAUUUUUUUUUGGACUUUACAAAAUCUACAUCUAUGAAUGUAACUUUUCAAUAAGGGUCUGUGGACUAGGACAGUUUACAAGCAGAAUAAGUUUUGAACUUUGAAUUCUUGGGUUAUUUUUCUUUUAGAGUUUUACCCCUUCUGUCUGAAGUAUUUGCAGACCAUACAAUCUAAUGUGCAUAUGGUUUGCUAUUGGCAUUUAAAAUUGACGGCACUCACAUCAGCAAAGUUUGUUUUUAAAAAGGUGGGAGAGGGUUGUUUCCAGGAAGAUCAUCCUGGAUUCUCGUUUGGGUGCUAUACCUGCACUGCGUUGUGCAGGAAGUUUCUCUCUUGUUGAGAGGAAGCAUAAUCUAGAGAAGACACAGAGCUGAGAACCAGCCUGUAGAUCAGAGUUUCGGUAACAGACGAGAGACCUAAGGCAAAAAUCACUUAACUUCUCAGGAUCUUUAGUUUUCCCGAUCCACAAAAUGGAAAUUUUAGCCAGUCUCAAAGGGGUUUAGUGAAGCUAAAUUAAUUGUUUUUACAGUGCUUUAAGUUCCUUGGAUAGAAAAAGUAGUAGUAAUUUGAGACUAUGCCAUAUCUAGUCCCUAACAAGCUCUUAAUAUUUUUCCUGUGCUUAUUUCACUGUUAAUGUGCUGUGGACUGUAAUGGUGCAAUGACCUUCUGCUGGUGCUAAACUAAAGUGUGUGUGUGUGUGUGUGUGUGUGUGUGUGUGUGUGUGUGUGUGUGUGUGUGUGUGUGUGUGUGUGUGUGCGUGUGUGUGUGUCAGUGCAAUUUCUGUGAAAUGUGUGAAACACUUCAGUUCCUGAAGUAAAACUGCAGCAACCUACUUGCUACACCACAUUGGGUGGUAUUGUUUACUUUCUGUUGUUUACAUACAUGUGUAAAUAAAGGACACCAACCUUUGUAACUAUAUCCGGCAGGUCUGGCGUCUA